AUGGAUUACGAAGCGUUUCUAAAAGCCAGUGCGCAUAUUCAGGAAUAUGGAAGAAGGAAGAUUUCGCAGAAUUUCGUUGGAAAUCAACCAAACCCCACAGAAAUCUCGAAUUUGAUGCUGCAAGUGCGAAAUUUCAUGGAUCAACAAAAUUUGUUGGCGACGAAAAUCGAGCAAUUCAUUGAGCGACAAAAUGCAAUAAACAAUUUUGUUCUGGAAAAAUUGGGCAACUGCAAGUGCGCUCCAGGGAAAUUUGAGACAUUUCUAGCCGCUCAGGCGCCAAAUUCGAAUUUUGAAUCGACUUCUUCGGCAAAUAAUCAACAGCUAGAUUUUAUAGUGGAUGAGGUAGGCUUAAAUCCAGUUUUAGCUCUGAAAACAUGCGAUUUUUGCAGAAAUUCUCGAUUGAUCCGGAUGGAGCUCACUGGAAACCUCAUAAAGUGAGUUUUAGUGAGAUUUUUGCGAGAAAAAAGUGUGUGUUUCAGUGCUCUGAAUGUGGAAAAUGUUUUCGUCAAAAACACGGACUUCAACAACAUAUGAUAACUCACGAAUCGGUGGGCGCAUUUUUUUGCGAUGUUUGUGGGAAACGAUAUACGCGACAGGAAAGUGUGAAUCGACAUAAAAGAGUGAGAUUUUUGGAGUUUUUCAUGGGAAAAUGUCUUAGAAAAGGUUUUCUGGCAAAAAAUUACGAAUUUUGAGCCAAAUUUUCACCAAGAUUUUUUGCAGUCAACUCCACAAUGCAACAAAUCCCUUCUACCUCAACAAAUGCUCAAAUUUCAACGAUUCUAA